CUGUUUUUCCCUUAAACCCUGAAAGGAAUGGGCCCUCAGCACACCAUGCAAGUGGCAGAGAGGCUGUACAUCCAGGGCUACAUCAGCUACCCCCGCACGGAGACCACACACUACCCCGAGAACUUUGACCUGAAAGGCACGCUGAGACAGCAAGCCAACAACCCCUUCUGGGCCGACUCCGUUAAAGCCUUGCUCGCAGAGGGCAUCAACAGACCCAGGAAGGGGUCGGAUGCAGGGGAUCAUCCCCCCAUCACACCCAUGAGGCCUGCUUCAGAGAAUGAACUUGGUAGCGAUGGCUGGCGUUUGUAUGAGUUUAUCACUCGGAACUUCAUUGCGACAGUCAGCCAAGACUGCAAGUACCUCCAGACCACCAUUACUUUUAGCGUCGGCACCGAAGGCUUCUCCUGUAGUGGCAAAACUCUCAUAUCAGCUGGCUUCACAGAGAUCAUGCCCUGGCAGGGUAUUCCUCUGGAGGAGGCGCUUCCUGUGUGUGAGAGGGGUGACUCCUUCACUGUGGACGAGAUCAAGCUGCUGGAGAAGCAGACCUGUCCCCCAGACUACCUGACUGAAGCAGAGCUCAUCACACUCAUGGAGAAACACGGCAUCGGCACUGAUGCCAGCAUCCCAGUCCACAUCAAUAACGUCUGCCAGAGGAACUACGUCACAGUGGAAAAUGGACGCAGGCUGAAGCCUACUAACCUGGGCAUCGUGCUUGUCCAUGGCUACUACAAAAUUGAUGCAGAGCUGGUUUUGCCGACCAUUCGUAGUGCAGUGGAGAAGCAGCUAACCCUCAUAGCUCUGGGCAAAGCCAAUUUCCAGCAGGUGCUCCAGCACACUUUAGACAUCUUCAAGAGGAAGUUCCACUACUUUGUGGACUCAAUUUCAGGUAUGGAUGAAUUAAUGGAGGUGUCCUUCUCACCCAUCGCCGAUACUGGGAAACCCCUCUCCCGCUGUGGGAAGUGCCAUCGUUUCAUGAAAUACAUCCAGGCCAAGCCCAGUCGGUUGCACUGCUCUCACUGCGACGACACGUACAGCUUGCCCCAGAACGGAGCCAUCAAGCUGUACAAGGAGCUGCGCUGCCCGUUGGAUGACUUUGAGCUGGUGCUCUGGACCUCUGGCUCGAGGGGGAAGAGCUACCCCGUCUGCCCUUAUUGCUUCGGUAACCCCCCCUUCAGGGAUAUGAAGAAAGGUAUGGGGUGUAACGAGUGCACCCACCCCACCUGCCAGCACUCUCUGAACUCGCUGGGCAUUGGCCAGUGCGUGGAGUGCGAGAAUGGCGUGCUGGUGUUCGACCCCACCUCGGGCCCCAAGUGGCGCAUGGCCUGCAACAAGUGCAACGUGGUGGUGCAUUUCUUCGAGCAUGCCCACAAAGUGCAGGUGGCUGCGGACAGCUGCGAGGCGUGCGAGGCCUCGCUGGUGGCCGUGGACUUCAAUAAGACGCGCACCCCCCUGCCCGACGGCGAGACGCAGCACACGGGCUGCGUGUUCUGCGAUGCCAUCUUCCAGGAUCUGGUUGAGCUCAAGCAUGCCACCAUGAGGCACCCCAUGCACCGGGGCGGAGGGGCAAGGAGAGGGGGGCGGGGAAGGGGUAGGGGUCGCCGCCCGGGUGGGAGAGGAAACCCGAAAAAACCCAAAGACAAAAUGGCUGCCCUCGCAGCAUACUUUGUGUAGAUUGUUUCUGAAUAAUCUGCUGGCGCAGAAACGUGUUUGUCUCUAAUACUAUCUUUUGAUAAUUAUAAUAAUAAUAAUAAUAAAAUUUUAAACUGACAUGGAA